CUGAUGGCGUUCCUGGACAUUUUUUAGUUCAACAGGUCGCACAGACGCUUGAUGUUUUACUUAAAGUUUCCUCCAUCGACCACAACAUCUGUGAUUCUUGUAAAGAAUCUUUUUCUAUUAUUGUUUGCUGAGGUUUUUUUUUGUGUCGUUUAAAACGACAACAACAGCCCCACCUGUCAUAAUAUCUUUGCCUCAGAGAGGCCUUGACGAUGUACGUAAAAUGCAUUUCUUGUUGCAAUUGAUCUUGUGACGAUAGUCGGUUUAUUUAAGCUGUCAUCCUGACUUUCACCUUAUCUGUCAAGCCCUUCAAAAGCCAGUUGUUGUUUUAGCUAAUGCCUGUGUUUUAUGCAGAUGAUUAACACUCGUUUGGUCUCAUAACCCAAUCACACACCUGACCUAAAAGAGGAAAAAAGAUUGUCUGUACUUUAUCUUAUUGUCUUUUUUUAGCAGUACUUGUAUGUACAGUAUGUACAACAUAAAGUAAAAAGAACACAUUUAAAGUGAAGUCCUACGUUAUGUCACUUCUAAAAUAUUUGGAGCACAGGUUACCCUGCUGAGAAUCCUCCUCCACGUGGGCGUCCUCCGGUGGUGGGCGUUGAUUCUUUGGUUCUCACAAACACGAAUACACACACACACACACACACAGUUGUUCACACACACAUCAGCAGGUGCUGCUCUGUCGGUAUUUAGCGGUCGACACAGGGACAGACAGUAGUGGCAGCUAAGAGAUAGCUUGUUUUGUAGCGUUAUCCAGAUAGAGAAAAAGAGAGAGAAGCACUUCCUGUUUGCGCCUUGUUUUUAUUUUAAACAUAACAGAAUGAAAGGACGAUAUAAAAAACGGGACCUCAGAGACAGAUGUGAAGUCCCGGAUAAACUCUGCUCUUUCCCCGGUGAUCCCGCUGCCGGUUUUGCCGAGCCCAACGUUCCGACGCCCGUGUUUACUUCGCAGGAAGGAUCCGGGAGUAAAAGAGGUGCCAGAAGAUCUGAGAAGGUCUACCUUGGAGUUCGUGUCAAAAUGCCAGUGAGAGAUUUACUGAGAAAUAAGCGUCUAGCACAAGGCUGGGAACCCCAAGAUGUCCAGGAGACCAACAGGAAACGAGUUAAAGGAGAAAAGAAACGAGUCAACACUCGUACAGGAUACCAGACCACCAAGAAAAAACAUCCCACAAAAAGCCUGGAGGAGCUGGCAAUCAUCGUUGAGGUCCUGGAGGAGGAUCUCAGAGCAGGCAACACCUCCUACUCCCCCUUAAGUGUGCUCUCCUCGGACCCUGAGCAGUCGCCAGCAGGCUACAACAGUGACGAGUCUGAUGAAAUGAUCCCUAGCCCACAGGCGUACAUGACUUACUCGCUGGCGACAGGCGAUUGCCCCCCAAACCCGCCCCCACCUGGCUUCAUGUACACCAACUGUGAGCCUUCCUUCGCUGCCGCAAUGAGAGGAGACGAAGGAGGAGUGGAAGAAUGGUUGGAGCCACAGACGCCCAGCUGUAACCUGAACAGCUCGGCGUACUUCUGGACCCAGCUGCAGAAGGAGGAAAGCCUGUUGGUGGACAUCUCUGAUGCAGCUCUGCUGACCAGAGAUGAGCACGGAAGAACAGCACUUCACAAAGUUGCAUGUGUCGGUAAAAGGGCUCUGGGCUAUGCUGUAGCCAAAAGGAUGGCUGCACUCAACAGCCUGGACCUUAAAGAUGCUGACGGAAUGACUGCCCUUUUGCAUGCUGCAAACCACAACCAUCACCUCAUGGUGGCAGACUUGAUCUCUUUGGGGGCCAAUGUGAAUGAGGCAAACAAUUCAGGGAAGUCCUGUCUCCACCUCAGUGCUGAAAAAGGCUACAUCAGAGUUCUGGAGGUUCUCAAACAUGCAAUGACAAGUGGCUUGUAUGUUGAUGUUGAAGCUACUGAUAACUGUGGAAUGAGCGUUCUCCAGUGUACUUCAGUGGCUCUGAAGGACGCAGUGUGUGAGCUGGAAAGCAGCAGAUCCCCCAGUCAGACCAGACUGUACACACUCCGCCAAGAGCAGAUGUUGGAGACUCUGGAGUGUCUGCUGCACAUGGGAAGCUACCUCCACACCAUGAGAAGCUGGAGUAAGCAACCUAGACUAGGGUGACACUGUGAUCGUCAUCAUUUCAGAGACCCAACGGUAAUGUUGUGAGUUGGUUCAGGCCUGGAUCAUCAUGAGAAGACCAGAGAUAACAUGGUUCUUUUUCUCUGUCCAGGCCUGACAUGUAAAGCACUUGAUGUUUUGUGUGAGGUUAAAAAUGUCUGACUUUCGACCGGGCAUGUAUUUUUAUUAACCUGCACAAAAACAUUAGGUGCCAAUUAGCUGGUUUCUAUGAAACUUCCUCUGUUUGUUACAUUGUCGUAACAAGUUGUCCUCAGCCGGAGAGUCUGCAGAGGUGCAUUAAUAAAGUCCUAUAAGAAAAUAUUUGCAAGAUAAUACAACGAUUUUACAAGGGUUUUGGGGUGGGGUUUUUUUUUUGUUUUUUUUGUUCAAAUUCAGUCAAUAAAUCUGUAAAAACAAAUUAUUUCUUUAUGGAAAACUGCACAUUAUCCAAUGAGUGUUGAUAUAGUAUAAAAAUGCUGCUCGUAAAAAGGCAAGGUCUCACCCUGGUUUCAUGGAUAUACUGUAAGAGUGAGUUUAUUAAACUGCAGCCUUUUGUUGAUCACACAAUCCUUUGAAGUGGUAGACAGCAAAAAAAGCUGCGUGACUUCAAACAGCAGAUCGGAAUGUGCUUCUUGCCAUCAUUAAUUAAGUGACGACAAUCAAGCUGUUCUAUAACAGUCGCAGAUCUUGUCCAGUGCAGUGCUUUUUUUGGGGGGGGGUUGUUGGUUUACAAAUGCCCACUGUUCUGGUGGCUGUUUUUCUAAUGAAACCUUCAGGCAAACUUUGACAUUUUGAUUUUUCCAAAGGUUAACGAUGUUUGGAUGGGAAUGUUGUUAGAUGACAAGUUGUUGGGUAUUUUAGGCCAUAUUUUCUGACUGCCAUGACACUAAAACCAAUCAUAUUUAAAUCAGAAUUGAACUGUGGUUACCAUGCUAGCAUUUGCAUGAAGGGUUGUUUUGAGCGUUGUUUUGUAUUGGGAUAGUUUACUUUAAACUUUAUUUGUACUUGUUUACUGUUAUUAGAACAUUAUGACCAUCAUGGUUUGAUUUUUUUUUUUCAUUAUAAUCAUCGGUUCCCUUUUCGUGCCCCUUAGGAGAUGAGACUACUUUUGAGUCCCCUAACUCCUAAAUAUUUACAUCUGCUUCAAAAUUCCCACCAACUGUAUUUAAAUAAAUGUUAUUCCUACAAAACUGCUAUUCUUUUGAACAAAGGAAAUAAAUUACAGAUUUGUGUAAUUUUAAAUGAAGAUAUAUAUAGAUAUAUAUAUACUUUUUUUUCACGCUGGGGUGGGCAGCACCCCCCACUUUGGGAACCGUAGUGGUACCCUAUCAAAUGCAUUAGCCACUAUGUGCUAUAAAAAGUAAAUGUUUUUAUUGUAAAUGUUUUAAGUGUGUCUAGAGUGUUUUUAAUAUAAUUUUGAAUCACAGAGAUAUUUGUAAAAAAAAAAAGGAUCCUGUAAAACGGAUCAAAGGCCUCUUUUUUGUCUACUAAAUGUAAACGUGUUUGGUCACCAAUAUUAACACAUAGUGAUGUUUUUUGGCAGUGGGUCAAGUUGUAUUGUGUAUCACGCUGCAGUAAUCUUUGAGGUAAACUAUGGUGGCUCCUCGCAUAAUAAACAGUAAUACACAUUUUCUGUGUUGUGUUUUUCUACUCAUGACAUUUACUGUCAGUAAUAAUUUGAAGUCCGGACCACAGAUAAUGUUAAAGGUUAAUUUUAAACCAACCAUUAAUGUGCAAUGAGGCAACGCAAGGGCAGCUAAAAAGCAAGGCAAAACAAUGAGAAUAGUCUUAAAUAGAAAAUAGAUUCAAGGAGAAAAACAACCAGAAGGACAGUUGUGCAUGUUAUGUUAAGUGCACAAAAAUAUGUCAGGACUCAACUGAAAAAACUGCAGGAGAUCAUCAGACAUUUAUAAGAACCCCACGCAACCAAGCCAUCUCUUCUUUUUGCUGCUGCCCUCAGGCAGAUGUGCAGGGGGCAUCGCUCUUGAACAUCUAGACUGUUCCCACAGCUGUGGCCGCUUUGAACCACGUUAAAAAAAAAAAACCUCAAGUUGUUAUUGGCUUGUAAUCACUAUAAAUAUAUUCCCAGUACAGGUUUAAACUAAUACAAAAUGAUAAAUUGUCAUUCUUAAACAUUUCCAGUCAGUGUGAAGAUAGUGGUUGUUGGAGGGAUGUAUCAUAAUCAGUUAUACUUUUAUAGGCAUGUACAGUUAUGACUCAUGUCUCAUACAUAAAACACAUUUUUACCUCACCCAGGUAUAUGUAUUAGGGGAAAUUAAACGUGUGUACCAUUUGCGAUCAUUUCAUGAGGAUUAGAUUCUAAUUACUUAACCUUUUUAUAUUCGUCUUUUAUCACUAUAUCUGAUCAAAUGGCAGUUAUUCAGCUGUGCCAAGUUUUACUUGAUGAGGUUUUUUAACAUUUUUUUUUAAUUGUGUCUAUUUUGUUCUUCUCUGCUCUACUUACUAGCUUUAUUAUACUUGAGAUAUGUUUUAUCAUCCUUACAGUACAUUAGCAUAAGAUGGUAGUUAAAAUGGUGGAAGGUCGUGGCUGAAUAGCUUAUAGUUUACUGGUUAAAUGCAUAAUGAGUUAGUUUAUAGUUCUUUAUAGUGUGUUUGUGCAAGGUUAAAUGUUCUGUUUGAAGUUUACACGCUGUUAUAACUGUAUAGAAUUAGGAUGCUGGAUAUUCGCUUUGACGUAGCAACAAGUAAACAUGUUUUCCAUGUCGUUAAUGUCAGUGUUUUCCUAAAGACUUAGCUUCAGACAGUUAAAGAUAAGAAAUACCUGUUUUUGGACGUGUUACUUCCAACUGUCUGACUUAACAUAAAGAACAACAAAUCAUUAGAGAACAAUUGACACAAAUUGCAACAACCUGAUCGUGACCAGAACUCCUCAGGUUCAGCCCCCAUGUCACACAGACUGUAUGUUUUGAUAACACAUUUUACUUAAUAUACUUUUUUGUUGUUGUAAUUAAAUUAAUAAAUAAUGGAUGGAUAAUGCUUCAAAAACUUCGGCAUUUCGAAGAAAUGUUGAGUCCCUUGUGCCUCACUUUUAAUCUUACAGUUGUGCAAACAGAGUGACUACAUGCUGAGCAUUAGGCAUUGCUUACACUGAAGCUGCAGGCUAUUCUGCUACUCCAGCUCAUCUUCUACUAUGGAUGCUCCUGGUGGUCCCGCCACCUGCCUCCUUCCAUUUCUGUCCAUGCAUUGCAUCACUCUCCUCAUCCUGCAUCCUGCUAACCAACCCAUAUCCCAAAUGCUGUCACUCUGUCAGAGAAUCUUAAAGCUGACCCCCAGGCUGCUCGUGUGGCCUGACAGGAUGACAGGAAGUGUGUGACAGAGAAAACCCAGACGUGGGAAUCUUCCUGAGGAGCGCCGGUCAGUCCCAACUCACAGUCAAACCAGUGAUCUUCCUGCUGCAAGGUAUGAAUGUUAAACCACCGCACAUCCACACAUGCAGCUUUCUUAUCGUCACUCAGGAUUUAACCCUGUUUCGGCAAAAAAUAUUUAAGAAACAUAUUAGAAAAUUUUGCAUUUUUUAAAAUUUAUUUAGAGUAUGUGAAGUACUUUUUGUACAGCCAACUAAUUUUGUCUUUUAUGUUUUUAUAUUGUGAUCUUUGCUCCUAUAUAACUUUAAUUGUAUUGAGAAAAACAUGAAAUAUAAAUAGGACACGUCAUAUAAAAAUAACUAUGACUAUUAAUCGAUCAAAUCAAAGUUAAUUGAAUGAACUGUUGAUGUGAACAUCUGGAGGACACUGGUGAUCUUGGCCUACAAAUAUUUAAUUCUCUUUGAUAUGAGCCUCUUACACUGUAACUACUGUAUAUAUUUACAGUCGGCAGAUUUCAGUGUUGUGUGCAAUAGUGAAUAUACAAUGAAUUCCUCCACUCGCUGCCCUGUUUUCUGUAUUGCGGCAAAACGAUUGCCUGCUUCUCGCGCAGUAUUGCCCUCCAUCUGUCCUUUUGUACUGUACAACCGUACAGGAGCCCUCUCCAGCAGUGCAUCGUGGGAUGGGAAGAGCCUCCUUCAAAGACGCAGGCGGCCGCGCGCUCCUCUACUAUGGCACAUUG